UUUAUAUAGCUCACAUGUUUCGUUUGUCCAUAAUCAUUUCGCCUACUGUCAUUCAAAUUUCAUUAUACUGUAAUGAAGAGUCGAAUUAUUCACAUCGUGAAUAGUUAUUUCCAAGGACCAAAGAAAUAUUCCAUUGAGGUCAAAAUAUCAGGACGUCAUGUCUAAUAUAUACUAUUUCCUACAGCUGAUCUGGUACCAGCUAACAUUUAAGGCGAGACCCCUACCGGAUGAUAUUCGACUUGAAGGACAAACGGCCAUCGUGACGGGCGCAAAUGUAGGCUUGGGAUUUGAGGCGGCUAAGGAGUUAGCAUCACAUGAGCUCUCGAGACUCAUAUUGGGCGUUCGCGACCUAGCUAAGGGAGAGGCGGCCAAGGCAGAAAUUGUGCGAGUAGCGCCGAAGUGUGAUAUCCAAGUUUGGCAAUUGGAUCAGGAGUCGUGGGCAAGCAUGGUUGCAUUUGCAGAACGCGCACGUACCGAUCUGGACCGCCUCGAUAUCAUAUUGCUAAAUGCGGGGUUAAAGCGGCUUGAGUAUACACGGUCACCGACGAGCCACGAGGUUCAUGUUCAAACCAAUUACCUUGGUACGGCAUUGCUGUCAUUACUUCUCUCAGAGCCGCUACGGCAGACAGCACAGAAGCUAGGCAAACCGGGGCGGAUGACCAUCACAACAUCAAGCGUUGGGUUCAUUGCGCCUGUCCGCGACAUUACAAAUCCGCAAGAGGGGAAUUCCAUCAUCAAUUGGCUUGAUAAUCCGACCUCGUUCGUACCCGGUGAUAGCCGCUACUAUCUUUCCAAACUGCUCGAUAUGCUGUGGACUCGGGCCCUGGCGUCUCGACUUAGUGCUAGCGAUAUCAUCGUCAACACCCCCAACCCGGGAUAUUGCCAGAGUUCUUUCCACCGCGUCGACCCGAACGGUGACAUGUUUUCGAAAUAUCUCGCCUUCACUACCGUCGAAGGUGGUCGCCACUUGACUGAUGCAGCCGUCCGACACCCGGAUAGUCAUGGGGCAUAUUUAAGCGAACAGAGACUUCGACCGUUCCCCAAUUUUAUAUAUUCAGUCGAAGGUGUGGAAGUCCAGCAGAAGCUGUGGGAUGAGACGAUAACAUUAUUCCGGCAAGAAUGCCCGGAGGCGAACAUCGAGGAAUUUACUAGAGGCGAAUAAAACGUUAGUCUAUAGAGAAUGUGUCAUAGUAUGAAUACUAGGUAGUCAGUAUUCAAUC